UUGUGUUUGUCACCGAUACCGUUUAUCGAACAUUCAUAGAUACCGUGCAUGUUCAAAGAUCAUCGAUCGUAUCAAUGUACGAGGUGAGAUAAUAAAUGCAGCCUUUUUCAAUUUUUUCUACGAUAUUUUUAUUAUCAUAGAUAGCGUUACGAGAUAACGAACAAUUCUCACGACCAAGGAAACAGAUUCAAAGAAUUCUGACCGAUAGUAAAGCAAUUGGUUGUAAUGCAUACAUUAUGCUGAUUGCUAAUGCAUUUGUAACAAUCGAAUUCUUGAAAUAUACAGAAAACGAACGUCUAAUCAACACACAUGGAUCAUUUAUGUUUCUGUAUGAUCAGCGCUUGUUCCAACCAGAUUUAUACUAUCUAUGGAAUAAAAUAAUUAAUGUAGUCUUCGUACGUCGAUAUAAUGCAUAUAAACACCGUUCUGGUGGCAAAACAUUUGAAAAAAACAUCGAUCUGUACACUGUCUACUUUCCUUCAAGAGGUAGGAGACACUCUUCUAUUAAAUAUCUAGACACUUGGUACCAUAAUAAAUUGCGUUAUGGUGUGAAUCAUUUUACAAAAACAACUUUAAAUCUGCAGAAGAGACACCUGAGAGUUGCUGUUUUUGAGCACAUUCCAUCGGUAACAAAAAAAUCGAGAACUUAUUAUAAUAAAAGGCCAAACGGUAAUACAGAAGCUUUAGGAAUAGAAUUUGAAUUAAUACAGACUAUAUCAAAAGCUAUGAAUUUCAAACCAGAAUACUAUAUGCCUCGCAACAUUACGAUCGAGAGAUGGGGAACAUCCGAUGGGGCUAAUGAAACCACAGGCCUUAUAAAUGAAGCCAUGCAAAGAAAAGCUGCAUUUUAUUUGGGCGAUUUGCAUUAUACGUUACAUCAUUUAAAUUAUUUUGAUUUGAGUAUUCCAUAUAAUACAGAAUGCCUCACUUUUCUAACACCAGAAUCUUUAACAGAAAAUUCAUGGAAACUUUUAAUACUUCCUUUUAAGCUUUAUACCUGGAUCGUGCUACUUUUAACUUUAGUCUUGGGAGGUAUCGCAUUUCAUGUCAUAUCAGUAUCUUACAGAAGACACAUAAGUUUAUACAAAAAUCAGAUGCAUAUUCAAAUUGCGACCAUGGAUAAAGAAGUAGAUGGUUUAUAUUUGUUUACUGAAAUACAGAACAGUCUAUUAUAUACUUAUGGUAUGCUGCUACAAGUUUCAUUACCAAAUUUGCCCAAUCCAUGGGCUUUAAGAGUAUUUAUUGGAUCAUGGUGGAUUUAUAGCAUUCUAGUCGCAGUUGCCUAUCGAGGUAGCAUGACUGCAACUCUUGCUAAUCCAUUUGCCAGAAUUACUAUUGACUCGUUAGCACAAUUAGCCAAGAGUUCUAUAGAAGUUGGAGGUUGGAAUAAAGAAGAUAAAGAGUUUUUCUUGAUAUCAUCAGAUUCCAAUAGCCAAGAAAUUGGUAAGAAGUUCCGAUUGAUCGUAAACGAAGAAGAAGCUAUUGAAAGAGUAGCGAAUGGAUCUUUUUGUUACUAUGAAAAUUCUUACUUCCUUCGCAAUGCUCGUGUUAAAAAGCAAGUAUGCGAUAAAGAACAAAUGAGCAAAGGAAUCUCAAAAGAUAUAGCAUCGAAGCACAAUUUGCAUAUAAUGGAAGAGUGUGCAGUAAAUAUGCCCAUAGCGCUUGGUAUGGAGAAAAAUUCACCAUUGAAACCACGUGUUAAUACUUUGAUAAGACGCAUUAUAGAAACUGGAUUAGUUGAAAAAUGGUUGAGCGAUGUUAUGGAGUGGUCGAAAAUCACAGAAAUACGACAAGAAACUGAAUCUGAAAAGGCAGUUGUUAAUCUUCAUAAAUUACAAGGUGCUUUUAUUGCUAUUACAAUUGGUUAUUGUUUAGCUUUCAUGGUAUUAAUAGGAGAAAUUUUAUAUUGGAAGUAUGUUACUUUGAAAGAUCCAGAAUUUGAUAAGUAUCAUCUGGAUACAUUUUACAGUACUUCUAAUAAUGUUAAAAUAUAAAUAAUCGAUUUGACUACGAAUUUAAACGAAAAGAGCAAUAUUGUUCUCAUUUACAAUCAUUUAUUUCUAACCAUUUGUAACAUAUGCAUAUGUAUGUCAAUGUAAGUGACGUUUGGUUACAGACGUAUCGGUAGUUAAUAUAGUAUAUAUUAUAGAAAAUAAUGUAUACACGUAUACGUAAACAUAGACGAAUUAAUGAAUGAUAUAGAAUAUAAUAAAACGAUGAGACGUACCAUAAGUAAAAAUAGAGAGUUUAAAUAAAUUCUUUUCCAGUUUUUUCGCACACAAUCGUUAGGUCACUGCUUCGUAUUCAUUUCACUGCUUUCUCUCUCUUUCUUGUAAUAUUAUCUUCACCGCUAUACACGUCAUUGUAGUAUACAUACUUAUUUCUUUUCAUCCUAGUGUACUUAGCAAGUGUAAUUUUGUACAUAUGUAAAAUCUUGCUGCAUAUUUCAUGAUAAAAUCUUCCAAGGAUACUAAUGAUGAACCAACAUUGAAUUCAAUGGAAGAUGUUUAUAAAGAAUGUAAUCUGUUCGCACACAAUGUCCAGUUAUGCCUUCCGAUUAUACUGGAUCAUCGAUAGAACGCAUCUUUGGAACAACAGUAAAUCCUUUGGUGUUAAAGCUCAACAAAUUAUAUAACACAACAAGUGAUUUGUACGAAAAUGGAAAACAUGUCAGUUGAUUCUGAGACUCGAGCAUCACCACCAUUAAUAAUAAUAACAUUAAAUGUACGGACCUCAUUAAAUUCUAAAUCUCAACAAAAUGAAAUAGGUCACGGUAUUAAUAUCAGAAUCUGAAUCAGUAUAAUAUAAUUCUAAUUUCUCUUCUUCA